AUGAAUAAUUUCCCCAAACUUUUGAAUUCUCAUAGACUACUGCUUCCGAAACUCUCCCCACCAGAGGUAAUCGACCUCGACUCUUUCCGCUCAUACGGCAAGCAAACCAUCUCUGCAACCAUCUCUGCCGUCAUCGACCUUUCUGACGAAGAAGACUACAUUAAGAUGCUCGAUUUCAUUCCUAAGCACACUCCUUUAAGGAAACGUAAGAGAAAUUUCGGGAAAGGGCAAUCCUCAAGUUCAUGUAACACUCCAUUCGUCUGCGAAAUCUGCUCGAAAACUAAAACAAUGAAGGAAGCUUUCUACAUCAGCGGCUGCUCUCACGCGUUUUGCUCUGAUUGCGUCGCAAAUUACAUCGCUUCCAAACUUGAAAAUAACAUUGUUGACAUCUCAUGUCCAGUUCCCCAAUGUAAGGCUUCUUUAGAAGCGCAGUUUUGCCGGACGAUUCUUCCAGCCGAGGUUUUUGAAAAGUGGAGUAAAGAGGCUGCUUCCCAAAAAUUCUACUGUCCCUUUGCAGACUGUUCUGCUCUUUUGAUCGAUGAUAAAACGGAGGCUGUUAGAAAUUCAGAAUGCCCUAAUUGUAAUAGGAUGUUCUGUGCGCAAUGUAAGGUUCCUUGGCACGAUGGAAUUGAAUGUAGUGAGUUCCAGAAGCUGAACGUGGGCGAGAGGGAGAAAGAAGAUAUUAUGUUGAUGCGCCUUGCACAGAAAAUGCACUGGAGGCGAUGCCCUAAUUGCAAAAUUUAUGUGGACAAAGACUGCGGCGGCUGCGAUGCCAUGACAUGCAGGUGUCUCUGUCAAUUUUGUUACAAUUGUGGACUUGCCUACACUGAUAGAGGCUGCAAUUGUUGGAAACUCAAUAGGACUCCACAACAACAUCCACAGGUUUUUUCUGGAAGAACUCUCACCAGAACUAUCACUAAUAGGAAUCUCAUCUAUGAUGAUGAUGAUGAUGAUGAUGAUGAUGAUGAUGAUGAUGAUGAUGAUGAUGAUGAUGAUGAUGAUGAUGAUGAUGAUGAU